AUGUCGGCGCGGUUCGGCUACUGGAAUCUUUCCACGCCGGGCGCGCCGCGAGGCCAGGAAGGCCAAGAAGGCGCGCGGCCGCCCAUUGUCACGUCGCCCGCCGGGACGGCGCCGGUGCGGAGCCAGGAAGGCGACACGUCGGCGGACCGCAUUACAUAUGAGCGUAUCAAUGCGCCGCUACCGCUAAAUCCAGACGAGGCGCACGACGCGAAGCUCGCAGAAAACCCAUUCGACGCGUCGGUGUCCUACGCCUCCUCUUCCUCGUCGAGGCCGGGGAGCUCAGAGGGGGGGCAGGGUGCAUCGUCGAAUGCGCUGCACUUAACACCGCUACACCCGAUGACGCCCCGCUCGCAGACGAGUUCAAGUACACGGACGAGCAUGGAUGCUUCGCCGGACCCCGACGCAGGGCCCAGUGCUGGGCCGGGCCUCAAGACGGCCAUGCGGCAUGCCCGCCACUUUUACUCGACCUUCCGGCGGAACGCCUCGGACGGGUCAGGCGAUGGGGCAGAGGACGAAGAGGCACCGCGCUACAAGCGCUCGGGCACCGCGUUCUGGCGCGCCAAGUUUAGUGGCGACGACGCCCAGGAGGAAGAGGCGGGAUACCAGACCCAUUCGCGGCGCGCCGAGCGGGCGACGCGCAACGUGUCGGCGCCGCGCCCGGGGGCACCACCGCCGCCGAGCAUGCUGCUCGCCUCAGCGACGUCUACAGCGCCAAACAGCCCGGGGCCGAGCGCCGCAAGCCUCGAAAGCGCCGAGGCAGAGACGUCCUUGCAGCGCACCGAUUCCGCAGGCUCGCGCCGCUCGUUCGGCUCGAGCGUCGCAUCAGGCGGGCCAUCGCGCACCGGCUCACUGCUCGGCCGCAGCGACGCGGCGCUCGGCGACGUGGCCGAAGAGCCGAGUGCGCCGCCGCCGCCGCCGCCGCCGCCUCCGCCGAUUCCCCCGCCGCCGCCGAUUCCCCAAGAGAAUGACACGAAGCGCGCCAUGUUCCUCCGUGCGCGCAGCAAGAGCGUCGAUCACCUCCAGCGGUUGCUGCACAUCUCCAAAGGAAAAGAGCAAAAGUCCUCGAAAAAGGGGCGCAAGCAGGAGAGUGCGGCGCGUGCAGCGCGCCCACCGACCGAGCCGCGCAUCCUCGAAGGCGUGCCUAUGGGCGCAGAUACCUCGGCAGCAACGCCGGCGCCCACUGUCUUGGAUGCCGGGUCGCGCAUGAGCGAGGAGCAGGAGCGCGAAGCGGCCGACGAGUCGCGUGCGUCGCUCGAGCAGGAGCCAGGCGCCGAGCGUGUGCCAGGCGCCGAGCGCGCGCCGGGCAUCGAGCGCGCGCCGUCGAUCGAACAGCGCCUCCCACUGAGCCCCGAAAAGGCCUCGGCACGCUCCACUGCAUCGGGCGACACGUUUGCUUCACUGUCCAACACUUCGCAGGCCACUGCACAGGAGAUCCGCUCCGACGUCGAGGCCGAAGACGAGCCGCAAGCGACCGUCGCACGCAGUGGCAGCAGCGGCGCAAAAUCUACACACUCACUGGAGCCCACGCAAGAGGUCCAUGCCGAGGACGUCGCCGCGCAGAUCGAGCAGAUGCUCGCUGCGCCCCUGUCGGGAAGCAGCGACGAGCGGCCGCCGCCAGAGGCGGGUGCUGCGCCGUGGGACGCUUCGUUCCCGAUUAGCCCAUGGGGCGAGACGCCGACGACGCCUCUGCAUGCGCCGGUGGAGCUCACAGGCACCCGCGGCCUGCUCGAAGGCCUCGCUUUGGACGAGGCCGAAGAGAAGGAGGCGCCGGGCAGCCCAGCGUCGCAAUACUCGCAAGUAUCGACGAGCCGCCGCGACGUCGCGCCGACGACCCCUGGCUCUGAUGAGCACUGGCAUCCGGUGGAGGAAGAAGAGGGCGACUGGCACGAGUCGGUCGCGCCGUAUGUGCGUCCCCGCAUGCAGCGCCGCCCCUCGGUCAACCGCGUGCUUGAGCCGCUGAACGUCAAGACGCUCCAUCCGGCCAUUGCGGCGCCGCUCAAAUCUUCGCCGCUCCAGGAAACGCACGAGCGGCCGGACACGGCGAACUCGAACGAGUCCGGCUCGAGUCAUAUGGGCCUCAGCGGCGCCUGGGCGCUCGGCAAGCAGCGGCUGCUGAACCGCGUCGAAGGGCGUAGCAACUCGAGCGCAGAUCCCGUGCUGCCCGACUCGGGCGCGACGACGCCAAUGCGCCGCCGGCCCGAGGAAGAGGGGCUGCAUGUGCCGAGUACCACGCCGCAGUCGGCGUCGCCGCUGCGUCCCUCGACAGAGCUCGACGAGAGCGACGAUCUGGGGCCGAUGGUGCCCAAGGCGAUGCUGCGCCCGUCCAAGUCGUCGAGUCUCCUGAAUGUCAUGGCGCAGCAGGCACAGCGCAAGGUGCGCAAGUCGCGCGCGGAUAUUGCGUCGCCCGACGACGAGGAGCCGCGCAGCGCCUCGGCACACGGCGAUGCGCCGCGAUCGCUCGAGCACUUCCGUGAGCGAUCGCGCUCCGUCUCGGCGCCGAGCGAGGAUACCGAUGAAAACGUGCCGCCGGUGCCGCCGCCGCCGCCGCCGCCAAAUCCCCUGCGCAGGGGGCGGCGGGGCGACGACGCGCCGCCGCUCUUGUCGCACAAGAGCGCGGUCGACCUACGUGCCGUGGCGCGCGCCGAAGCGCCGCGGACGCCGUCCGGGGCCGAGCCGCCCAUGUACCGCUCGAAGCGGAACAAGAGCCAGCCGACGCUGCGCAUUGCCGACGACCACGAGUUCCUCAAGGCGCUCGAGCAAGUGCGGUCACAGCACCAGGAGCGCAUGGCGCUCCGUGCCCAAGCCCGCACCGCGCGCAAGGCCUCGAUGCCAAACUUGCGGCAGGUGUCACCCGUGCUGCGCCGGCCGCCGCUGCCAUCGCGCUCGCGUGCAUCGUCUAGCGCGAGCGGCAAGGGCGUCGACGACGAGCCCGAGCCGCUCCCCGAUAUGCCGGCCGAAGCGGCAGAGGGGGAGACCUCGCAGGACCCCGUCUUUUCUACCUCCUUCCUCGAACUCGACUCGGGCACGGAUUCCGAGGCGCUGAGUGACUCGCCGCCGUCGGAUGCGAGCAACGAGGUGGAGAAGAGCGAGGUGCGCGAGGGCGACGACCCGCUCUCGACCUCGGAGUCGAGCGAGGACGAGUCGAUCGCGAACGAGCUGGGCAUUGGCCAUGCUACGGGCAACACGCCGAGCAAGCCGUUUACGAACGACGCAGACUGGAAGAAGGAGGUCAAGGGCCUCUUUCUUAUUCGCGAGCUCGUACAGACCGAGCGCAGCUAUGCACGUCACCUAGAGAGCCUGCUCAUUGUCGUGCUCAAGUGGACCGGCACGACAAACACCUCGACACGGAUGCCGGCUAAUGUCCUAAUGCCAUCCCAUCCGUCGUCGUCUACGUUGCGCCUGCCGAGCAAUGCGCCACCGCCUCACCUCAUCACGCUGCGCAAGAUGCUGCCGCAACUUAUCUCGAUCAGCCGCGCGUUGGUCUAUCGUAUCGAGGAGAGCCCAUCGAGCGUCGGCGUCGCCCAUGCCUUCAUUGUCAUCCGCGACCAGCUCGAGGAGGUGCACGUUGCGUGGAGUGGCGUCGUGGGUGCAACAUUGCGUGCGCUGCGCGCCACCGAAGCGUCCAAGGGCAAGGCCAAGGGACGCCUCGGCCUAGUGCCGGUGCUGCCCCCGCCGGGCUCGGAGCUGAACGCGGCCGGGCCGCGGCGCAGCUCGUCGCGCGACGACUCGGAACUGCCCAGUGCCGCGCUCGACGUUGCGUCCGGUCAUGACCGGCGCCCUGAGCCGAAGCAAAAACCACAGUCCAAGGAGCUGAGCCCCGUGGACGUCGCCAUCAUGCCGACCCAGCGCAUUCCGCGGUACAGUCUGCUGUUGCGCGACCUCUUGUCCAAUACGUCACCAGGUACACCCUCGUACGAGACACUGGAAAACGCACUGCGGAUUGUCCAGGAACUGGGCAAGCGGUGCGACCUGGCCUCGUCCAAAACACAGUAG